AAGCCGAAGACGACUCUAAGAAAGUGAAAGUAAUCGAGGCCGUUGAGGUGAAGACAUCCGAGAAAGUCUCAAUAGAGACAGCUCAGAGAUCAGAAUUAAGAAAAAUUGUUUCUGAAGACAAUAUUAUUGACGAAAGAAAGUCUACCUCCCAACGUGAUGUCGAGAGAAAUCAAUGAGUGGAUGAACCUGCUGACGCCAUCAGUACGCGAUCCUAUAAAUCAAUGGACUCGGAGUACAAGGAUAGAAAGGAAUCACGCAGUGCUACCAAUCGAAAUACGGCGUCGGGCAGUGAUCUUAAGUUGACCUGCGGGCUAUCUGGACACGGUAUGAGGGUGGAGUGGUUUAAGCAGAACACUCCGAUCGAGAAUGGGGCCAAGUACAGGAAAACAUUGAACGACGGCCUCUCGUGCCUUGAAAUUAAAUCGGCCGAACUAAAUGAUUCUGGCAUCUACCGCUGCAAAGCGUCCAACCAAAAUGGAGAAGUCGAAACUAGCUGUCUUGUGACUAUAUACAAAUCACCUUCGAGCAAAUUUGGCACCCCGCCAAUAUUUACACGCAACAUUCGAGAUGUAUACCAUUCACAGGGCAAUAGCCUCACGCUGGAGUGCAAGGUAUCGGGAAGCCCAAAGCCACACAUCUACUGGCAGCGGGACAACACCUUGCUGCCACUGGAGAGCAAAAAGUACCAGUAGGCCGAGCAGAGUGACGGCGUAAAGCUCCUGACCAUAGCGAACUUUGGCAGCGACGACUCUGGACUGUACACCUGCUAUGCGGAGAGCGAGAACGGUCAGAUGAAGAUCAGCAAGUUCGUGCAGGCCUCCAACUAUGUGCGCGAGCGAGCGGCUGAAAAGAAACCCAUUGAUAUGGUCAUUCAGGAGAUCAAGCGGGAUGAUGAAUCCUCCGCUUCUGCUGCUGCUAGCGACAAUGCCGCAGCCAAGGCCAAGGCCAAGGUCUGCGAGGACAAGCUGCGGCUCAGCCUGGAGACCAGCUUGAAAACCAUGACUAUUGGCAGCGGCAACAAGGCCCAGAUGAUUUGCUAUGUGACCGGUUUCAUCGAGGAUGUGCACUGGCUGCGGAACGAGGAGCGCGUGACGAAGGAUUCCCGGCACAAGAUCUAGAGCAUAAACGGGGCCAUCAGUCUGGAGAUAUACGAUGCCCGGGUCGAGGACAGUGGCCACUACAGAUGCGUCAUGAAGAACAGCAAG